AUGGCUCUAGAAAAAGAAGAAGAGGUAGACUUGAUCGAUCUGUGCGAAAGGAAUCCGGAGCUGGCAAACAGCAUGGUGCUAGGGGUUUCCGAGCAUCCUUAUCUGUCCAAGAAGGUUCUCAGGAAGAUUCCAUGUGCAUUAUUCACGGACAAUGCAUGUAACAGCAAGAACAUCAAUAGGAUCGUCACUGUAAAUGGGACAGUGAUCAGGGCCUACGAAACCUUGAUAAGGAAUGUCACCAGCGAGUUGGUGUGCCUGAAGUGCAAUGUCAGGGCAUACAGAUGUUCUGCAGGGAAAAGGAAGGACAGGAUGCUGUGCGAGUCCUGCGGCUCGUCUCUUUUGAGGGACCGGAGGUGCUUUGGAGGGGCAAUUCCAAGCCAGAAGAUAAGGAUCCAAGACAUAGGAAAUCGCAGCUCGAUGUCAGAAACACUGGAAGUGGUUCUUGAGGAGGAUCUUGCAGGGAAGUUCCUUCCCGGAGACAAUUUGCUGAUAACAGGGACGGUUCUUAUAAGGUGGAGACCGUUCAAGGUGGGCGAGCAAAUGGCCAGCUCUAUAUACAUGCAUGCGCUUGCUGUCCACAAGCAGGAUGAAGAGUCGAUGGGCGACUCGUUCGGGAGGACAUUCCUGGGAAGGCUGGACGGAAUGGGAUGGUUUGAAAGAAGGCUUCUCCUCGUCAAUUCAUUUGCUGAGGAGAUACAAGGACUAGAGAAUGUUAAGCUUGGGCUCCUCCUCGCACUAGUAAGCGGAAGCCACGGGGCAGACCAGAAGAGCGGCACAAGAUCGAACUCGCACAUCCUCUUGGUUGGAGACUCCGGGACAGGAAAGUCCCACCUCCUGAAGACAUGUUCAAGGCUUCUGUCUCCCGCAGUCCUUACGAAUGGAGUGGGAACCACACAGGCAGGUCUUACAACCUGCGCAGUAAGACAAGGAAGGGAGUGGGUGCUGGAAGCGGGGGCCCUAGUACUUGCAGACACAGGUCUUUGCUGCAUCGACGAGUUCAACAAGCUUAAGGUCAACGAAAAGAACGGACUGUUGGAGGCAAUGGAGCAGCAAACCCUUAGCAUAGCAAAGGCUGGAAUCGUCUCCUCACUAAACACCAGAUGCUCUGUCAUUGCUGCAAUAAACACAAGACACAAGUACAGCUUCAACAAAAGCAUCUCGGAAAACAUCAUGGUUGCAACGCCCCUGAUUAGUAGAUUUGACCUUAUAUUUGGAUUGUUUGACGACAGAGACGGUAGAAGCGACCUGCUAAUUGUAGAUAAGAUUCUUGGGCGGAGGCCAGAGACCGGGCUUACAGACAAGAAGCAGGGCUCUGUCUGCUGGGAUCACAACAUCCUGAGGAACUACAUAGGUGUUGCAAGGAAAAGAAGGGCUGUCAUCCCGGAUGACCUCAACGCAGUUUUACUGAGCUAUUACCACCACAGGAGGAAGGCCGAGGGGGCCAACGAGUUCAACACAGUCAGAAUGCUGGAAAGUCUUGCAAGGCUCACAGAAGCACACUCCAAGCUGCUGAACUCCGAAAGGGCUGAGGAAGGCGAUGUGUACAGCGCGAUUAUACUGCUGGAGACAGCACUAGGUACCAAGCCUCUUGUGGAAAUAGAUCCUUGCAGGGUGUUUGUUGACGAGGCCUACCACAAUAUGGUGGUUUCUGGGCUAAAGACAAAGAUCAUGGGAGGUGAGAUAUGGAAAUAA